AUGCCCAAUAAUUUGGUCUUUUUCGUGCCUUAUCAUACAGGUUACGCUCAUAUAGAAUUGAUUCUUUCGUUCGUCUCGUUUGCCGAUGUUCAUCUCUUCAUUUAUAAAUGGAAUCCUGCUCGACAGCUAGUACGAGACUACUUUGCCAGAUCAAUUCAUGUUAAAGUACAUGAAUUUAGUAUUGAUGCUAUUCUUGCAGAGUUAGUCGUGCAACAGCGACAACAACAACGCGUAGUUGUUCUUCUCACUGCUUCUAUAAACUACUCACUUGGACAAUUACAGUUUCGUUUCUUUUCUAGCAUACAAAAAAAUGCACCUUCAAUUAUUGAUGUUUAUUCCACGGGUCACUGCAUGUAUGGAUGUCAAAGUUGUGCUCAUGCAUAUUCACAUCGACUACCGAUUACUUUUACUAAUUAUAUUCGUACGAAAUGUUUAUCAUCUAUUGACGUCGAUAAAAAUGCUGAUAUUGUCAUCUGUCCAAGUUUUUCAUCUGAAGAUGCUCCAUUUAGUCUUUUGUCGAACAAAGAAAUUGUCGAGCAAAUUGUUGCUUUCCCGUUUCCACAUGUUAUCAAACUACAUCCACUUACGCAUCAAAUUAAGAACGAUGAUAAUCCAAUGUUAUCUCUAAGCAAAUUGGAACAAGAACAUGUACAUCAUUUUCUCACGUCGAAAAAUAUUUUACCUGACAAACAAACGAACACAUUAAAAUUGAUCGAACAUGCUCGAGUUCUCAUUUGUGAUUCUGAUUCAUCAAUACCAUUUGAAGCACUCUAUUUCAAUGAUCAUAAGCAUAUUUUAGUUUACAAAAUGGCUGAGAAAAAUGAUAAUAAAGACGAUCGACAAUCGUAUUUUCAUAUUUUUCAAAAUGCUCAACAAUUGACUAGUUUACUUGAACGUUACUUUGCUGAUGAACUCGAAUGUAAAACAGAAUAUAGUCAUAAAUUUUUCUUGGAAAAAUAUGAAGAACCCGAUGGAAAAGAAAUCGAACGACUAGCUGAUAUACGACAAUGGAUGGUGAAUUCUCAUGAUCUUGAUCAAAAUAUCGAUGCUGAAAAAAUCAAACAAGAUGUGAAAGAUCAAUUUCAAUCAUCAUUGACACAGAUGACUCUUUAUGCAUUAGGCGAACAUACAACUGCACAAAUAGGUGAACUCUGUUAUGGUGAUAUGAAUGAUGUGUUCAGCGUUUUGUUGGAUAAUAUUGCUCAACUUUAG